GUUGUUCUUUCCUCUUAAUUUCCAGCUGAAUCAAUAGUGUGAAUCUAAGUUGGGCACGGCAGUUGACUUCAAAUCAUUAUUUAAUCGAAACAAACCUUAUUAAUUUCUGCAGCAAACAAACAUCAACUAAUUCGAAAAGGAGGGAGGUGUCUUCCUCCAAUCCAUCAAUCAAGAUUUCGCGGGGUCUCCGCUGUCUAGAUUCACUCGCGCCGGUCACGAUUUGAUAAAAGUGCUAAUCAAGGAUGUCGAAAUCGCUACCCUAUUCAAUGAAAGAUGUCCAUUACGACAAUGCCAAGUUUCGCCAGCGAUCCCUCUUCAAGGUGAUCACACAAAAUAUGAUAAGCAGUCAUGUUAAACGCGAAUGCACGAAUUGCAGUACGGGAAAGUUUCUUUUGAUAUUGAUGAUUUUUGGUGUGGCCUAUCUCAUGCUCACACACACAAGCAGCACUCCCGCGUCGAUUGGUGUAGAGAAACAUGUUGGCACGGAGGAAGGGCACAGUUUCUUCACGGAUGGGAGUGGUAGGUUUCGUAGAUUUUGGAGAAAGGCACCGAGGUUCCCUCCUCAGUUAUCACCGGACGAAAUAGCUGCUAGGAAUAAAUCGAUUCAUAGCCCUGGCAAGAUAGAUUCUGGACCUGAUUGGGUGGCUAGGCAACAAAGGGUCAAAGAGGCGUUUAUCCACGCGUGGUCUGGCUAUCGGCACUAUGCAAUGGGAUUUGAUGAACUUAUGCCUGUGAGCAAAAGAGGAGUCGAUGGCUUAGGAGGUCUAGGAGCCACUGUGGUGGAUGCUCUUGACACAGCCAUGAUAAUGGGAGUUGAUGACGUUGUUGAUGAAGCAGGUACUUGGAUUGAGAAACAUCUUUCCCAGAGGAUCGACAAGAAAGGCCAAGUGAAUUUGUUUGAAACGACCAUACGCGUUUUGGGUGGUCUUUUGAGUGCUUAUCAUUUAAGUGGGGGCGAACAUGGUGAUAACGCCUCAGCAAAAGGACCUAAGCCAGCUGUCUAUCUCGAUACCGCUAAGGAUUUGGCUGACCGUCUGUUAAUUGCUUUCACAUCGAGCCCAACUGCUAUUCCCUAUAGUGACGUUAUUCUUCGUGACCGUUCUGCGCAUCCAGCUCCUGAUGGUUUAAGUAGCACAGCGGAAGUUUCUACCGUCCAGCUUGAGUUCAAUUAUUUGAGUUUUUUGACUGGUGACCCGAAGUACUCUUUGGAGUCUAUGAAGGUUUUGGAACACAUGAAAACCUUGCCGAAGGUCAAAGGGCUGGUUCCUAUCUACAUAAACCCUCAGACUGGAGACUUCAGUGGGGAUAAUAUUAGACUUGGAUCACGCGGCGAUAGCUACUAUGAGUACCUCAUCAAAGUGUGGCUUCAGAACCCUGGGAGUAACGUGACAUAUUUGCACGAGAUGUACAAAGAAUCAGUGCAAGGUGUCAAAGAACUUCUAGUUAAGAAAUCAGUGCCCAAUGGGUUGGUUUUCGUAGGUGAAUUGCCUUAUGGCCCUAAAGGUAGCUUCAGCACCAAAAUGGAUCAUCUGGUAUGUUUCCUCCCUGGGACUCUUGCUCUUGGUGCCACGAAGGGUCUUACAAAGGACAAGGCCAUGGAAGAAAACUUGCUCACUCUCGAGGAUCUGGAAAAUUUGAAGCUUGCUGAGGAUUUGGCUCAGACAUGCUAUGAGAUGUAUUCUGUAACCGCCACUGGUCUUGCCCCAGAAAUAGCAUACUUCAAUAUAGAGGGACACAAGGAAGAUGGUCCUGGUGGUGGAAAUAACCAUUCCAAGUAUAUAGAUGACAUAGUUAUAAAAUAUGCUGACCGUCACAAUCUCUUGCGCCCUGAAACCGUUGAGUCACUGUUUGUCUUGUUCCGAAUCACAGGAGAUCCCAAAUAUCGUGAGUGGGGUUGGGACAUUUUUGAGGCGUUUGAGAAGCAUACGAAAAUUGAUUCUGGAGGUUACACCUCUCUUGAUGAUGUUACUGUGGUUCCCCCACACAAAAGAGACAAGAUGGAGACCUUUUUUCUAGGCGAAACACUUAAAUACCUGUAUUUACUGUUCAGUAGCAGCGAUGUGAUUCCAUUGGAUGAGUACGUGUUUAACACAGAAGCCCAUCCGUUACCUAUUCAAGGCCAUGCCAGAAGAAAAUGAAGAUGCUGCUCUGAUAAAGAAGAUUGAUUUAGAGGAGGAAUUUCCAAUUUGAUUUUAACCUGCCAUGCCUCAAAACAAGUUGAUGAGUUUGGUGAUGGUUGAAUUACUGCUAGCAUCAGCUAGCCUGCGCUCGGAAGAUUUUGUUUGUGAACUUUUGAUGUACGAAAAAAAUAGUGGAGGGAACUUUAUAUACUGAGAGACUUUAGAGUUACAGAUUCUGAAUUUGUAAAAAUCCUGCCUGAAUUUCACUUAUUGACUGUUGAGUUAUACAAUUAGUAAGAAUUUACAUAUCCAGUGGAUUGUAAGUCGACCGUGUAAUCGAUUAUACAGAUUUUUUUCUGCUACU